UCAAGCUUGGCUUUGGCCAUCGCUGCUUCUACAAGCAUGACAUUCGCUCAAAGCACUCCUCAAGAUCAAAUUAACGAAGGCAUUGCAAACGUUAUGUUGCAAUUAGAAGGUGCACAUGUGGUUCCUAACUUGAUCUCUGCCGAUCAAUUGCAAUUGAGAGGUUUGUUGAACCAACAAUUCGGCGGUAGCAACGUUACCACAGGUGAAUUGGUUGGCGCUGUGGACGAUGUUAAAAACAUGCCCAUCUGGACCAUCGAAUACAGCAGUCAAGCUAGCGCUUCUGGUCAAUUCCUCAAUGCAAGUUACACAGUUAUGACCUUGGAUCCUGGAGCCCCAUCUGAACAACCAAGAAACAUCGUUCGUCACUUCUUGGCUAACAACAUUACAUUGGACACCGCUACUGGCGGCUUGAGAAACACAAGUAAGCCAAUCGCCGGUUGGUUCUCCCCUGCUCCUCCAGCAGGAAGCGGUGUUCACCGUUACACAACUUUGGUCUUCCGUCAACCAGCAAACUUCACAUCCACUUUACCUGCCUAUUUGCAAAACCGUAAUGAAACAAUUGAUACCAACUUCGACUUGGCACAAUACAUCAAAGAAGCCGACUUGGGUCCAAUUGUUGCUGCCAACUUUUUCCUUUUGCAAAACAGUGACACUUCCGCAAGCAUGACCGCAAGUGGUGUUGUUUCAACUUCUGCCGUUCCAUCUGCCAGUGUUUCCGCUGCUGUCUCCUCCAUUUCCAGCUCUUUGUCUUCAGUUUACGCUGCAAGCAGUACUGGUGAAUCUGGAAAGAGCGGAGCUGUUGGAUCUCCUCUUUUGUUCUCUCAAUCUGGUAUUGCAUUGAUGGCAACCGCCUUCUUUGUC